AUGUGUGACCUGACGCUGACCCGCGCCGCCUGCUGUGUCGCCGACCCCAGCGAGUGUCAGGCGAUCGAGGCGCGCAUCAGCAACGCCGGCUUCUUCCGCGAGUUCGAGUCGGUGGUGAAGAAGCGCGACUCGGCCGAGUACACCACUGCGCGCCGGCCCGAGAACGAGAACAAGAACAGGUUCAGGACGUGCUGCCGUACAAGACAACGGGUGCGAGUCACGGCCCCUCCAGAGACAAACCCCACCGGCUACAUCAACGCUUCCCACAUCAGCGUGACCAUGGGCAGCCAGCAGCGGUUCUACAUCGCGGCGCAGGGCCCGCUGCCGACGACCGUGCUGCACUUCUGGCAGGCCGUCUGGGAGAAUAACGUGCACCUGGUGGUCAUGCUGACGGACGCCACGCUUCACCGACUGGGCCGACCAACGGCCUGCCCGGAGGACGCGGCCGGCUUCGUGCAGUUUGUGGACGAGCUGGCGACGCUGCGGCAGACGGCCGCCAGCGAGAUGGCCGUGGCGCACGGCGGCAGUCGCAACACGCCUGUGCUGGUGCACUGCUCGGCGGGCGUCGGUCGCACCGGCGUCACCGUCAUGUGCGACGUGCUGCUGCACUGCCUCGACCACAACCUGGAGGUGGACGUGCCGAAGCUGCUGCACCACCUGCGGCAGCAGCGCAUGCUCAUGGUGCAGACGAUGACGCAGUACAAGUUCAUCUACCAGGUGCUGGUGCACUACCUGAAGCGGUCGCGGCUGAUUUAGCAGCGGCCGGCGUCUGUCGCCAGCGCAUUCCGUCCCCCGACUGUGAUUUGGAGAGAGUGGGAGAGAGUGAGUGCGCGCCGCGUCCUCUUGUUCGCCGAUCAGCGCCCGUGCCAUGUACGCUGCAUCAUCAUGUUCAUCGCCCAUAACGACGUUAUCGCAAAUAUACGCUAUAUCAUUG